CGUGUAAUAUUACGUCUACCUAUUCGCGCACUACAAAUCCCCACCUCCCUGCUAGCAAAAAUUUCAGUGAGAGCUAGGAGUGGACUUAGCUUACAAUUUAACAAAAUCACUUCACCUCCUCCACUCCAGGAACACAUACUAACAAACUCCUUUGCUUAAGCUUGGAGAGUGGUGGUAUGGCUAGUACAGUAACAGCAGCUGCCCAGUUCGUGUCAAGAAGCUCACAGCUGAACAGCCAUGAGUCGUCUCAGACUGGAAUGAAGUCUCAAAGCAUAACUCACAAUGGUUUAAGGAGCGUGAACAUGGUGGAUAAGCUCCAAAUGAGGUCACUUGCUACUAAAGCUGGAAAAAAAGUGCCAAGUGCAGUUCAGAAGGACAGGCCAUCUUGCAGCAUUGUUUGUGGACAAGGAAUGAACUUAGUGUUCGUUGGUGCUGAAGUUGGUCCGUGGAGCAAAACUGGUGGACUCGGCGAUGUUCUUGGUGGACUUCCUCCUGCCUUGGCUGCAAGAGGUCACCGUGUCAUGACUGUCUCUCCCCGCUAUGACCAGUAUAAGGAUGCUUGGGACACAUGUGUCUUGGUUGAGAUUACAGUUGGUGACAGAGUUGAAACUAUUCGCUUCUUCCACUGCUACAAGAGAGGAGUUGAUCGUGUCUUCGUCGAUCACCCAAUGUUCCUUGAGAAGGUGUGGGGCAAAACUGGAUCUAAAAUCUAUGGCCCAACAGCAGGAUUGGACUACAAAGACAACCAACUACGUUUUAGCUUGCUGUGCCUAGCUGCUCUGGAAGCCCCAAGAGUUCUGAACUUAAACAGCAACAAAAACUUCUCGGGGCCAUAUGGAGAGGAUGUAGUCUUCGUCGCUAAUGAUUGGCACACUGCUCUCCUCCCAUGUUACCUGAAAGCCAUGUACAAACCCCAUGGGCUUUACAAAAAUGCCAAGGUUGCCUUUUGCAUCCACAACAUCGCAUACCAGGGCAGAUUUGCCUUCUCAGACUUCUCACUUCUAAAUUUGCCAGAUCAAUUCAAAAGCUCCUUUGACUUUAUUGAUGGGUAUGACAAGCCAGUCAACGGAAGGAAAAUCAAUUGGAUGAAGGCUGGAGUUUUGGAAUCAGACAGGGUUUUGACUGUGAGUCCAUACUAUGCAGAGGAAGUUAUUUCUGGAGUGGAAAGAGGUGUGGAGCUGGAUAACAUCAUCCGUAAAACUGGUAUUUCUGGAAUCAUAAACGGUAUGGAUGUCCAGGAGUGGAAUCCUGCUACAGAUAAAUACAUUGGUAUCAACUACGAUGCCACAACUGUUACAGAAGCAAAGCCUUUAUUGAAGGAAGCCCUUCAAGCAGAAGUUGGGUUGCCUGUUGAUAGGAACAUUCCUUUAAUAGGAUUCAUUGGUAGAUUAGAAGAGCAGAAAGGUUCAGAUAUCCUUGUUGCAGCUAUUUCACAAUUGGCUAAAUACAAUGUGCAAAUUGUAAUCCUUGGCACUGGCAAAAAAGCCUUUGAAAAGCAGAUUGAGCAACUGGAGGUACUGUACCCUGAUAAAUGUAGAGGAGUGGCAAAAUUCAAUGUCCCAUUGGCCCACAUGAUCAUUGCUGGAGCUGAUUUUAUGUUGAUCCCAAGUAGAUUUGAGCCCUGCGGUCUCAUUCAGUUGCAUGCAAUGCGAUAUGGAACAGUCCCCAUUGUUGCCUCCACUGGUGGUCUUGUUGACACUGUUAAUGAAGGUUACACAGGAUUUCAAAUGGGAGCCUUCCAUGUUGAAUGCGACAGAGUUGAUCCAGCUGAUGUAGCUGCAGUAGUUAGAACUGUAGUACGAGCUCUUGCCACUUAUGCCACUGCUGCUUUAAAAGAAAUGGUCUUGAAUUGCAUGGCCCAAGAUUUCUCAUGGAAGGGACCGGCAAGAUUGUGGGAGAAGAUGCUCCUAGGCCUAGAGGUUGCAGGCAGCGAGCCUGGCAUUGAAGGCGAAGAGAUCGCUCCUCUUGCUAAGGAAAACGUUGCCACUCCUUGAGCAGAGCAGCAUGGAUUAUAUUUUUGACGCAGUCAGUAUUAUUGACUAUAGUAGUUACAUUAAUGCAUAGAUAAAGUCCUGCAAGCCUGCUGGUGGCUAUGCAGCUUCGCAACAGAACCAUAAUUUUUUUUAUUCCGUUAUCCUUUUUUUCUCUUCUCAAAGAUGAAUCGUCGUUGAAUCAAGAGUGAAGAGAAUCCAUAACUAACGUGUGUAAAUCCUCGUUGCGGGGAACCAAGAAAAGAGAAUGCACAGACUCUGCCAGGCCUUAUGUGAGUAAAUAAAAGUUCAGUGUAAUCCUGAUAGAGGAGCAUGUGUGAACUUUCAUAUUUCUGGUCCUUUUUACUUUUUCUUCUAUUCCAAGCAUUUAUGUUCCUAAAACUAAAAUAUGUGUAUUCGUUGGAGUUGUGUUGCAAUUUCUUCAAGUCUGGCUUCUGAGUUA